AGUUCGUUUUUAUCGAAAGGUAUCAGCUGUGACCUCCUCGCUCCCUAACGCAAACGCAUUGAGAAAGAAGAGAAGGAAGCCGGUCACACUCUCCGUCGCCCUUUCUUCUGUCUGUCCUAGUAGCUAACCUUUUCUUGUUCUUUGUGCACACGACAUCGCAAUGCUGCGCCGCACGCAAGCCUCCUUUCUCCGCCGCACCCCCGUGCGUCUCAGCGGUGGUGACCUCUACCACCCACCGAAGCUGGAGAACAUCCCGCCCACGACCGGCACGCGGGGCUUCUUCGGCGCCUACAACGGCCCUCUCAUGGGCUGCCGCCUCAUCGACAUCAAGUGGAUGAUGAACCGCGCCGUCGAGCUGGGCCGUGAGUACUACAUUUCUGCCCCGACGCUGUAUCUGUUCUUGUGGAUGUUCUGCUGGAAAGGAUUCGUGAUUGUGCGCUACGGCGACGGCAAGCCGCCGCGCGCGGUUGAUUGGAACACUGAGGAGACCGGCUACCUGCCGCAGGGCUUCGAACAGUCUAAGGUGACGAAGCAGGUCUAA